CGCCGUCCCUUCUGCCCCUCCAUUGUGCGCAAGCCGAACGAUGCGAGCGCUCGCAGCCGCCGUCGCCGCCCAGUAGAGACCGCCAAGCCCCGCACGCCUCGCGCAACCACACCUCCGCACGGACACUGCAACGCGACGUCGAGACGGAAAGAAGCCCGAUUGAAAUCCGUCUCAAAACCCCGGUUUUUAAUGCUUUAGCCAGUCGUGAGACAGAGAGAGAGUGAGCGAAAGAAAGAGAGAGAGAGAGAGAGCGAGCGAGCGAGAGAGAGCGAGAGAGAGAGCGCGCGCGCGAGGCUGAGGGGGAACGAACGAGAGAGAACGAGCGAGCGAGCGAGCGCGCACGAGAAGAGGGGCUGGAGAGAUACCGAGGGGCAAAAACAGGGACUGUCCGUUUUUAACCUCGCGUUAUUUUUUUCUGGAGAGAGAAAAAGAGCCGAGGCUCGCCGGAACCAUGGGAUGUACACUGAGCGCUGAGGAGAGGGCGGCUCUGGACAGGAGCAAAGCCAUCGAGAAGAACCUGAAGGAAGAUGGACUCACUGCCGCGAAAGACGUGAAAUUGCUGCUGCUGGGCGCUGGCGAGUCGGGAAAAAGCACCAUCGUGAAGCAGAUGAAGAUCAUCCAUGAGGAUGGCUUCUCUGGGGACGACGUGAAGCAGUACAAACCCGUGGUCUACAGCAACACCAUCCAGUCGCUGGCAGCUAUUGUGCGUGCCAUGGACACACUUGGUCUGGAAUAUGGAGACAAGGAGAGGAAAGCCGAUGCCAAGAUGGUGUGUGAUGUGGUGAGUCGUAUGGAGGACACAGAGCCCUACUCCCCCGAGCUGCUUGCUGCUAUGAUGCGCCUCUGGUCAGAUUCUGGCAUCCAGGAGUGCUUCAGCCGUGCCCGCGAGUACCAGCUCAAUGACUCCGCCCAGUACUACCUUGACAGCCUGGAUCGGAUUGGCGCCCCAGACUACCAGCCCACAGAACAGGACAUUCUCAGGACCCGAGUCAAGACCACUGGCAUCGUAGAAACCCAUUUCACCUUCAAAAACCUCCACUUCAGGCUGUUUGAUGUGGGGGGUCAGAGGUCAGAGAGGAAGAAGUGGAUCCACUGUUUUGAGGACGUGACAGCUAUCAUCUUCUGUGUGGCCUUGAGUGGCUACGAUCAGGUGCUUCAUGAAGAUGAGACCACGAAUCGCAUGCACGAGUCUCUCAUGCUGUUCGAUUCCAUCUGUAACAACAAAUUCUUCAUUGACACUUCCAUCAUUCUCUUCCUGAACAAGAAAGACCUGUUUGCUGAAAAGAUCAAGAAGUCUGCUUUGAGCAUCUGUUUUCCUGAGUACACAGGACCCAACACCUACGAGGACGCAGCCGCCUACAUCCAAGCACAGUUUGAGAGCAAGAACCGCUCGCCCAACAAAGAGAUCUACUGUCACAUGACGUGCGCCACAGACACAGGCAACAUCCAGGUGGUGUUUGAUGCCGUCACUGACAUCAUCAUCGCCAACAACCUGCGAGGCUGCGGCUUGUACUGACGCGUCCGCUGGCCGCACCUUCACUACUCAUUUGGUAAUAAUGAUUACUAUCUAAAAUGCAAGUUGGUAAAUAAUAAUGAUAAUUUUAAAAAAGGCAUACAUAUAUAAAUAUAUAUAUAUAAGAAAAUCUUUUUAGUUUAUCUCAAAGAGCUGCCAACAGAACUGAUUUCUUAUAGAAACCCAGCCCUCACGGUUCUAGUACAGAUGUAGAAUUUUGUUUUGUUCUGUUCUUUUUUUUCUGGGCCCUAUUCACAGUGUCUUCUUGUUUUAACAAAACAGACAUUUUGUUUUACAUAAAGAAAAUGUGUCUUUUAUUUCUUUUUUUAAUGUUUACUUGUUAAUUGUAUGUAUAUUUAUUAUAUAAGUAUCAAUGAGGGGACUAACCUGGGCACCUUUUGCCUGAAAAUAUUAGGUGAUUUUGAUAAUUGAUUUAAUGACGAUAAUAACAAUAUCAGUUGCAACGGCUUUGGCAAUGACAGUAGUUGUACACACUAUGGUAACAAAGUCAGUUAUAGUACUGCGUUUUUAAUGUAGUCCUCUUGCUUUGGUCUACAGGACUGGGUUUUCACGGUAAUUCUGUUAGUUCUGUUCAGCUGUUUGAUGUUUUAGGGAUGAAAAAAUGACAAAAAGCAUUUUUUUAGUUUGUUUUUAAUUCGAGAACACACACAGGAUUGCACCAUAUCAGCUUAUUCCGUUCUAAUGUGUGGAUCAAAAAGUCCUUCCACGGUGCAGCCCUGUCACUCCAGCGGGCCUUUGCUCCCAUGGGCUGCGUGCAAACGGAGGCGGCUCCGCAGCUCUCUGUUCCACCCCAGCUGUGACACGAGGCCUCUCAGCCAAGUCAAUUUCUGUAAGUGUCAUAUCAGUGCCAACCUUCUGAAAAUGGCGGGUUUGGGAAUAGUACUAGAAAUACUAGGUUACUGUAACAAGAACCAAUUAAUAUCGUGUAAGAAACGUCUACUUUUUUAUUGUCAUUGAUUAAUUUAUUAAUUUAUUUAUUUAUCCUCAGCCCACCCUUCCUUUGUGCUCACCAUACACCCUCAACUUCCUACCUCCCAUCAUCCUUCAUUUCUUGUUUACUUCCUGUUUUUAGUCUACAGGCUGGGUUAUGGCACCUCCUGCAACUGAUCCUGUCACUAAUAGCAUGACCUUUGGCCUUUGUAUAAAGAAAAAACAAGUACUGCAAGUAGAAAAUGUUGAGAAAAAAUAGAAAAAAAUAAAAAUCGAAAAGAAAACUAAGAAAAAAUAAAGACAAAGACAUAAAAGAAACUGCAACGAAAAGAAAGAGUGCAACAUGUCAAUGGAUGGAAGGAAGACUGAUGAACAGCCAUUGUGACCGGUAACACGACAGUUUAAUGACAAUGGUCACUGGGCUGCGUGUGUCAGUAGAACACUAUACAUAUUGUCCUAUAACAUUUACAAGCAGGUUAAAAGAAAUAAAAUAAAGAUCAUUAAAUAAUAAAGAACAGUGACAAUUACUUAUAAUAAUGAUGGUACUAUUAAAUUAUACUUGUGCUGUUUAGCUAAGAGCAUUUUGUCUUUACCCCUUUAUUAAAAGUUUUGCAAGGGUCCUUCUGAGUUAUUCUGGAUUGUUCUCACUGACUUGUCCAUGUUGAAGAACUACACCAGUUCUUUGGCCUGUUUGCCCUGCACUGCAGUGUCUUUACUUUAAAAAAAAAAUUAAAAAAAAAAAAAAAAAAAAAACUAAAACAAAUAAAAAAACAGGCACUUCGGAGUCAUCGUGUUAAUGGGCGCAUGCCCCGUCCUCAUGUUGAUGGGCGCCAUGCAGCUGUACAGAACCAUGAGCUUUUUUUUUUCUUUGUUUUGGAAAAUGUACUCAAAACACCUUCCAGGUCUGCAUAGAAAAGCACAGCUCUCACUCACCUGUAGAUUUGGAAAGAUGUCUCUCUACUUUCCCUCUAAGCUUUUUUGCUCUGAAAAAAAAAUAAUAAAGACUACUGUGUGUUAUUACAUAUUCCAGUUAGGCUUUUCUGUUUCUUUCCCCACCCCUUCUUUCUUUUUCUUUUCUUUUUAUUCCAGUGAAUGCUUUUUGUGCCGCUUUCUCCCCUCCUUUUUAGUGAAUGGUUGUUAUUUCAUGUGGGAUGUUUGUGCUGAAAAACCAAUCGAAUGUAGUGUUUACAUUAAAAGCCACAGUUUUCAUGACUACUA